CGGGAGAUGUUCGCUCGGAAAGUGAAGUCGGCGGAUUUCACGGCGUCGUUGCAGCGCUUCGCCGAUCUUCACCGGGAUUGCGCUUCGCGAGCCAAGCAUCUUAAGCUUGCGCUGGACGCCCUCUGCGUACAGGCUGAUUUAACACAAACAGCACAGUCAGUUCUGGAGGCCGAAUCAGCUCUGUGGACACUGGAGCAGUUGCUGUGUCUUGUCCCUGAACUUGUCGGCAGCGGUGUGUUCUUUUUCCAGUCCAUCUUUCCUAAUCUGUCUCGUAUCUCCCGGUCUCUCAUCUGA